GACCGAAGAAAAGAUAAAAGACACAGGUGAGGACCUUCACAUAUUUAUAUUCCAUAGUGAUGGAUAGCCAGGAGGUGAUACUGCUGAGUGCAUGGUUUAGCCCAUAUGCUCUUAGGGUUCAAUGGGCUCUCAAGCUGAAGGGUAUCCCAUAUCAAGUUUUUGAAGAAGAUGUAUAUAGCAAGAGUCCUCUUCUUCUGAAGCACAACCCUGUGAACAGGAAAGUCCCUGUGCUUCUUCACCAAUGCAAAGCCAUUGUUGAUUCCUUAAGAAUCAUUGAGUAUAUUGAUGAGACAUGGAAUCAUAGCCCUUUGUUAAUGCCUCAGGAUCCUUAUGACAAAGCCAUGGCUCGCUUUUGGGCUGAUUUCACGGAAGAAAAGCUGCAUAAAGCUAUAAGGAGAACAAAAGUGUUUAAAGGAGAGGAAAAAGAGAGAGAAGUGAAUCAAGCAAAAGAAGCUUUACAAGUUCUUGAUGGGCUGCUGAAGGGCAAGGAGUUCUUUGGAGGAGACUCAAUUGGAUACCUAGACAUUGCAUUAGGCUGGGUCACUGUGUGGCUAGAAGUUUUUGAAGAACUUGCUUGUGUUAGAGUAUUUGAGAGCGAAAAGUAUACUCACAUAUACAAAUGGAUGCACAAAUUUGUGCAGCUACAAGUGAUCAAAGAGACUCUUCCACCUAAAGACAAGCUGCUAACUGUUCUUCAAAGUUAUGGCCAAUCUUCACCAGCUCAACUGCCAAGAAAAUGAUAUUUCCCUGCCUGUGAGUGGUGGGAAUUGAAUAAAAUUGCAGGCUGUGUCUGUGUGUGUUUAGCUUGCUUCUGUGAUUUGAGAUAUGUUGUUAUGGUUUUGUAAUCACAUAUUAGAACCUCUCUAAUAUGUAUGUCUUUAAUUUUUUUUCUGUGAAAUAAAAUGAGAUUCAGUUCUUUCGCAAGGUAAGUUUUUCGUU